UGACACUACAAAAAAAUGACAGUCGGUGUGCAAAGCUGUGAAUGAAAAGGCGUGAAACUUGUAAUCGAAUAAAUGUUUCGAUUAUAUUAAUUUAAUUAAUCGUGCAAUAUAAUUAUCAAUGAAUUAAGAGGUUCACGAAGAGAUUUGUUGUUUUCAAUCGAUAAAAUGAGUGCCUCUAAUGGAGAAAAGAAACAAAUUCGUGUGUGGUGUGAUGGGUGUUACGACAUGGUGCAUUUUGGUCAUGCGAACUCUUUGCGGCAAGCGAAAGCACUUGGCGAUGUGUUAAUAGUCGGAGUGCACACAGAUGAAGAAAUUGCAAAACACAAAGGACCCCCUGUUUUUACACAGGAGGAGCGGUACAAGAUGGUGAAGGCUAUAAAAUGGGUUGACCAGGUUGUUGAGGGAGCACCCUACGUCACAACCCUCGAGACGCUGGACAAAUAUCAGUGUGACUUCUGUGUACAUGGAGAUGACAUCACAGUAACUGCAGAUGGAAUUGAUACAUAUCAUUUGGUCAAAAACGCAGGCAGAUAUAGGGAGGUGCAAAGAACUGCCGGAGUAUCAACGACGGAUCUCGUGGGGCGGAUGUUACUUCUCACCCGGGAACAUUUCAAGAGAGGUGACAAAGAGUACACCGUCGCAUUGGAGCACUCGUCAAAUCUCGGCACGGAUCGCACGGCGCGCUCACCUUACACUGGCUGCUCGCAGUUCCUGCCUACUACGCAGAAGAUCAUACAAUUCAGUAGUGGUCUGUCGCCGAAGCCUACAGAUAAGGUGGUGUACGUAGCAGGCGCCUUCGACUUGUUCCACGUGGGGCACCUGGACUUCCUCGCGGCGGCGCACGAGCAGGGCGACUUCAUCAUCGUGGGGCUCCACACCGACCUCGAGGUCAACCGCUACAAGGGCUCCAACUACCCCAUCAUGAACCUGCACGAGCGGGUGCUGUCCGUGCUGGCCUGCAAGUACGUCCACGAAGUCGUAAUCGGUGCGCCAUACUCGGUGACGGCGGAGCUCAUGGACCACUUUAAGGUGCAAGUGGUGUGCCACGGCGACACCACGAUCGCGCGCGACGCUGACGGUUCCGAUCCCUACGCAGUGCCCAAGCGGCGCGGCUGCUUUAAGAUCAUCAAAUCCGGCAACUCCAUGACAACAGAAGACAUCGUGCAACGAAUAAUAAGCCACCGGCUCGAGUUCGAGAUGAGAAACACACGCAAGGAGCAUAAGGAGAUGACCGUCAUGAAGGCCAUACAGGGCGAGCAUCUCAAGCAGAACGGCACGUGCUUACAACAGGAGAGUUAAACU